AUCAAACUUGACCAGUUGCCAAGUUCGUUUGCCAGAGUUAAUCGAGACGUCGAGACGCCUGGCUAGAGAGAAAAGAAAGGAAAGUAAGAAGCAUAUCACUGAUCAAAGACUGCAGCAGAUCAACUAAGUCUGCUGAGAGCACCUUGGUAUGGAUCGCAAAGAACAAUGGAAACAAAGAAAACUGCUACUGCAAAUUGGAAAGGAACUAACAGAGGAAGAAAUGUCCAGUGCUAUAUUCAUUCUAAAAGUUGACAUCCAUGACAGUCAAGAACACACACAGAAAUGGAAGCAAAUAAUUGGAUCACUUGAAGAAAUAGAGAGAAAAGACAAGAUUUCAAUCAUUCAGCUAUUACGCGAACUCCUAGAACAAAUUGACUUACAAAAGGUCGUUGAUAAGUACUACAAUUUGUUUUCUACAAGUCAAGAAAGUCAUGGAUUACCUAGUAACAUGCUCGAUACAGCUAGCCAAUGUACUACUGACACACACGUUGAAGAAGACUGUGUUUCAAAUCCACGUGAUGCUUAUGUCACUCAGUCUAGGCAUACAGGAGAUGAAUCUCAUGAAAAGGUCAUUCCAGUCCAAUGUUCUGACAACGAAUUGAACAAUGGGUGUUCAACAGAAGAAAAAUAUAAUGUAGACACUACGAUUGUGAAUCCACCAUCACAUGUAGCUGCUGAAAUGUCUCCAAGUAAAGAUGAUGCUGUAUACACUCAACUGCAUGAGAUACUUAUGGAAACGAGUGCAGGAAGCUCUCCGGCUUUAACUUGCACCAAACAACACUCAGCCCCACAAUAUUCCGAGCCUACUGAUCCACUAGACAGACAAAGCGUUUCACUCACCAACUCUUCAUGUAGAAGCUCUCGUAUCAGAAGAAAGUCUUGGCCUGUUAGAGCAAUUGAAAUCUCUGAUUCAGAUCACAGAUCUCACAACCAUUUUCCAGUUCCAGCUGAGCUGAUGCAACUCGUUGAACCAGAUCAAGUAGAAUUUGAACGUUGGUGGCUUGCAGCUGAAGGUCCAGAGUAUCCUCUACAAAUCAAGUAUCAAGCUCUGUUUCAAGAGAAUCUUAGAAAAGCGCUUCCAGAAUUGUUGGCUGCAUCAGGUCGUACUGAUGGCUUACAAAGGCUUGUUGAUGCUAUCGGACCAAGGGCACUGUUCCACAGACACACAAACACUUGGACACCACUAGACUGGGCAGCCAGUAGUGGACGGCUUUCUUGUGUCCAAUGGCUUAUCCAACACUAUGAUGCCGUCUAUUUGAAUCAUGCUUUGCUUUGGGCUGGACAAAAUGGUCACGAGGAUGUGAUGCAAGAGCUGAUUGAAAGUGGAGCAAAUCCUUGUUUUCGACAUCCGACUGGAGACUCUGUGCUCCACUUUGCAAGUCGAGUUGGUCAAAACAAAGUUAUUCAAUUGAUUCUUCGUCAGUUCAGAGGACAGCUCACGUCCAACCAUGGAACAUUUUUUGGUCACUAUACACCACUACAUGAAGCAGCAGACUGUGGACAACCGGCCACAGUCUCAGUGCUUCUUAAAGAAGGUGCCCAUGUCAAUGCAAUGUCACUGCUUGGUGAAACUCCCUUGGUGUUGGCAGUCAAAGGAAAGUGUGACCGUGAACACAGAUUGUGUGUAGACAUUCUACUGCAGCAUGGAGCAGAUGUAGCUAUCACAGACAAGAAGAACAGAACAGUCUUCCAACAUGCUACUGAUAAUCCGGCUUGUUAUCUUACUUUCCUUCAACAUGGAGCAAUACCAAACACACAAGUGGAUAUCGACACUGUUGAUAAUUUCAUCACACUGCGACUUUUACAGUCUCAUCGAUCAGAGAUUGCUUACAAUAUUGAGAGGUGGAGGCUAAGGUGUCCUAAGACACAAGCAAAAAUUAUCCCUUUGGAGCACAUUUCUCUACUGGAGAUGAAACAACGAGCUCACCACGUCUUGCUGAAGUUUCAGCAACAUUUGUAUAAACAACAUGGCUUGAUAUUAAUGUGGACUUGUGCAGCAUUGAAAUCACUGGCAAAUUCUGUAGUUGGACAACAAGUCGACAGCGUGAUGAAGUCUGCAUACAUGCACUUACAACUCCUCUACAAGAACCAGCCACAGCGAAACGUAAAUUCAAACACAGUUUUGCUCUUUACAGAUAAACAUGGUCAUUUUCAGUUUGAUGCCUAGAGCGUACAUGUAUGUAUACUAGAAUCUAUGUAUAGUGAACAGCAUGUAACCAAUGUAUAGUGAAUAGUAAAUCAACUGUGAUAGUUGUCAAUGUAUAGUGAAUAGUAAAUCAACUGUGAUAGUU